AUGGCGCUCCAUCUCGCGCGACCGUUCCUCCCCGCCGGCCUCCCGCCGCCGCCGCGCCGCCGCGCUCGCGCCCGACCACAUUCCCUCCGCCCCACCGCCGAAGCGCGGCCCCCGUGCUUCAGGAGGCCCUACACGUCCGUCCUGGUGGUCCCCACGGGGGUCGGCGCCGCCGUCGGGGGCUUCGCCGGCGACGCCCUCCCCGUGGCGCGCGCCCUCGCCGCCGUCUCCGACUGCGUCAUCUCCCACCCCAACGUGCUCAACGCCGCGAUGCUUUACUGGCCGAUGCCCAACACGCUCUACGUGGAGGGAUACGCCCUCGACCAGUUCGCCGAGGGCGCCUGGGCUCUCCAGCCAGUUCACCAGAACAAGGUAGGCUUGGUGCUGGACUCCGGGAUCGAGGAAGAGCUCCAGCUCCGCCACUUGCAGGUCGCGGAUGCGGCGAGGGCUUCGCUCGGCCUCCCUGUUGUAGAGUACACUGUCACGGACGCUCCUUUGGAGAUCAAGACAUGGUUCGAUCCAAAGUGUGGGAAAUCAACUGGGAGCGUUGGGAACUCUGAUUCUCUUUUAAGAGCGGUCGACGCGCUAGUGAACCAUGCUGGCGUGAAUGCUGUGGCAGUUGUUGCGCGCUUUCCAGACGAUGAUCCUGAAGAUUCAGAUUGCUAUCGGGAAGGGAAGGGAGUUGAUCUGUUAGCAGGAGUUGAGGCAAUCAUCAGUCACCUAAUUGUGAAAGAAUUCAAAAUCCCUGCUGCCCACGCUCCGGCAGUGUUGUCCCCACCACUCAGCCCAUCAGUGUCCCCAAGAUCUGCUGCUGAAGAGAUUGGUUAUACCUUUCUACCAUGUGUGCUUGCUGGGUUAAGCAGUGCUCCUCAGUAUGUGACAAGGAGGCAGGGAACCUCUGACAGUGGUUGCAUAGUGGCUAAUGAUGUUGAUAGUGUGAUUCUUCCGAGAGAUGCUUGUGGAGGUGAUGGCGCACUUGCCUUUUCUCGAACUGCAAGAAAGAAUAAGCCCUUAAUCAUUACCGUUCAGGAAAAUGAGACGGUGCUUGAUGACACCCCUGAUAAAUUCAGUAUAGAUGCGCUCAAUGUCCAGAACUACUGGGAAGCUAUUGGAGUUAUUGCUGCUCACAAGGCAGGCAUCAAUCCAAAUGCUCUAAGAAGACAAGGAGUUGAUCAUCUUAAGAGCCAUCAACGAUUGUAUUCUGCCCGAUCUUCUGGUCGCCGGCCAUAUGCCUCUUCUCCAAUGCAAGAUAAAGUAUAUGUACACCAGUUAGUUUGA